AUGAAACUUCCUCCUGGCUUCCCCCAUAAUGAUCAAAAUCAAUUGUGCAAACUUCAAAGAUCUCUAUAUAGGCUCAAGCAAGCUGGACGACAAUGGUAUGAUAAACUUUCUAGUUUUCUUUUAUCUAAUAAUUAUACACGUUCUAAUGUUGAUCAUUCUCUUUUCCUGAAACAUGAUACUUGCCACAUCACUGCCAUCUUAAUCUACGUCGAUGACAUUGUUCUUGUGGGCAACAACGCCACUGAGAUACAAAAUAUCAUAAAUUCUCUUGAUAGUCUUUUCCACAUCAAAAACCUUGGCGAUCUCACUUACUUUCUUGGCUUGGAAGUGGCUUGGAACAUCUCUGGUAUCCACCUCAGCCAACACAACCCUUCAUCUUCUCACAGAAGCUGGAAUGCUAAAUUGUGCCCCAUGCCAACUCCCAUGGCACAUUCUUCACGUCUUACUAGUCAAGGUGACCUCCUCAAUGAUGAAGAUGCCUCCUCCUACCGAAGACUCAUUGGUCUCCUCAUAUAUCUCACAAAUACCAGACUUGACAUCACAUUCUCAGUUAAUAAUCUCAGCCAAUUUGUCUCCUCUCCUAUUACCCUUCAUCAGCAAGCUGCUCACCGCAUCCUUAGAUAUCUCAAGGGGAGUCCUGGCAAUGGCAUUCUCCUCCACAACAACAAUACCAAUCAGCUCAAAGCCUACAGUGAUUCUGACUGGGCCACUUGCCCCGAAUCCAGAAAAUCUAUUACUGGUUACUCCAUCUACUUCGGCAAUUCUAUCAUCUCUUGGAAAUCCAAAAAGCAACAGACCGUUUCCAAAAGCUCUGCAGAAGCUGAAUAUCGGGCUCUUGCCACUAUCACCUGUGAGCUACAAUGGUUAACCUACAUUCUUCAUGACCUUUGCAUCCUCGCCGUCCAACCUGCUCUUAUCUACUGCGACAAUCGCUCCGCUAUCCAGAUUGCUUCUAAUCAAGUCUUCCAUGAAUGCAACAAACACAUAGAAAUAGACUGCCACAUUGUCAAGGAUAAACUCAACGAUGGCCUUCUCAAACUGCUCCCUAUUUCCACCACUGAACAAGGAGCGAAUCUCUUCACCAAACCCCUUGCUCCUGCUGUUUUUAAAUACCUUCAUUCCAAGCUGGGAAUGACUAAUAUCUACUCCCAGCUUAAGGGGGAUGAUAACAUUAGUUAA